GGGAAAUAGAAUAAUCUACACGCGAGAAGAAAAAUGUCGUCAGGAAAAAACCUAUAUUAUUGUUGAUAGGCCUACUUCCUUUUGUUUUAUAAAAACAUGAGUUUGAAUAUGGUCUCGGAAGUGGACAGGAGGUUCUACUCCAACAAUCUGCUUUCAAAUGAAGAUUUAGAGUCUGACAUGGACUUGUCAGAAAUACUGGGAAUGGAUGCAGCACUUAAUCCAGAAGACUUGGUCCGCAAUUUCCCUGAUGACUUUCCAACACUGACCCUGGACGCCAUAAAUAACGACACAUUUGCAGUGUUUCCCGAUUCAGUUAACAUAUUCAGUGAUGAUUUGCAGCAGGAGUUCAGUGACAGCUCCGACAGUGGAAUUAGUGGUGUGACAGUGCAAUAUGAAAAUCAACCGUCACCAGACCUUUUGAUCAAGCAGGAACCUCCGUCUCCAGCUUCGUCCCUGUCCUCAGAGGGCUCUGACGGGACAGUAUCACAGUCACAUAAAACAUACACAGCAGAUUUUGACCUGAAGAUAGAAAGUCCACCAUUGUCACCACAGUCCAUGAUCCUAUCAGGGCAGGGUCAUAACAUUACACAGGCGUCCUUCACAUACAUCAACGACCAAUCAGAGCUGGGGUCACAGGUCAUCAUCAAUGCACCAACACAACCUUGUAGCACUGUGCUGACUGGGUUUGAUACAUCUAUCAAUAUAAACUCAAUUCUAAAUUCCAAAGUCAAGAUCCAACCGAAACCACUAUCAACAGAUAAAACUACCACUGUACAAAAACCAGCUUUCCCAAACACAGAACCUGGGAAACCAUUAGUGCUUACACCUGAGGAAUUUAAGAGGCUUACUUCCCAAGGAGUUCUUAAAUUCCAGCCGCCCUGUACAAACCAGAAAAACAAGGCGGAGAUUCCCAAAGUUACAACCACAGUUAUCUCCCCUCCUCAAAUCAAGAUGGCUGGGAGUCCAAUAGUGCAGGUGGACCACGAGAUGAAAAAUGUGAAAAGACAGCAGAGGAUGAUAAAAAACAGAGAAUCUGCCAGUUUGUCAAGGAAACGCAAAAAAGAAUAUCUACAGACAUUGGAGGAACAACUAAGUGAUUAUGAUCAACAGAAUCAAAAACUGCAGCAAGAAAAUGAGGAGUUGAGACGAAGACUCUCUACGAUGCAAACAGAGAAUGAGGUACUGAAGAGACGAGGUACUGGAAUGGCCUCCCCUACCAAGAAGAUCUGCCUCAUGGCAGUGUUUGUUUUAUUCUCACUCAAUCUUGGUACAUUUAGUGAUCUGAUAUUUACUCCUCAUAUUACAAGACGUAACUCCAAUCCUAGUCCAGACAUGUUUCCUCACAAGGGAAGACAACUCCUGGCUGUAACAGAAGAAAAAGACACAUAUUCAGUUGGAAGCUUCAUGCCAGAUUAUCCAUUUAGUAGACUAAAAAAAUUCAUGGAAGAAAAUCCUCAACACGCCAAGGAAAUCAACAACGAUACCCUUUAUCAGUUAUACACUUGUCCAUCAUACUUUAACAAAACAGAGUCAAUCAGACUUGCAGACCAGCUCUCUGGAUGGAUGAAACGCCAUGAACAACAGAAAAAGAAGAAACCAAGAAAGCCAGCUAACAAAGGGAGACGACCCAUCACAUCCUCGCACUCACUAAGGGAGCUCCGUCACCUGAGAGAAGAGCAAUAUAGGUCUCGGGAAAACCAGCUACAGCUGUUCCAGAAUGACACUGUGAGAAAUUUCUGGCAGUCCCUUCCGCGACGCAACGACACCUUCUAUGUUCUCUCGUUCAACUCGGAUUACUUCCUGAUACCAGCAGUAGCACACAAUAAAACUAUGAGACCAAGAAUGUCACUAGUGAUGCCAGCAACUAGUCUCAAUGAAACCAUGCAGCCUCCAGCUGGGAACAUUGGCAUGAUGCAGAUCGAUUGUGAAGUCCUCAACACCCAGCUGAUCCAUGUCCACAAGUCCGCUCUACCCAGACAUAACACAUCAGAAUCUUUCUUCCCUUGAUUUACAAUACAUAACUUUCUAUUUAUUGGACUACAAUGUGUGCUCUUGUCCAUGUUUUCUGUAAGUGGAGUACAGGAAUAUAAUGAUCUCAUGUUGUGUGUAAAGAGCAGGGCAAUGUCCUUCUGAUAGAAACUGUUGGUGUUAUAAUGGAGUUUUCAAUACAUUGAGCGAGACUUUUCAAAGAGUUGUUAGAAAAGGAGCAAAGAAACGACUUUUAAGUUGAAAUAAUGGGGUAUUUGUAUUGAGGUAUAUGUAUGCAAUAUCAGGUACCAUUUUUGUUUAAUUUCAAUUUUUCAGCAGGUUUUUUCCCCCAUUACUUACUUAUACAUUUGAAUUCUCCCCUUUAGACAUUACACAGUCUUGUAGAUUGGGUUUUUUUUCAGAUAAUACGUCGGUUUGAAAUAUUAAGGGACUUUUUGUCUGACAUCACUUGAUUAUCUGUAAGUAAGAUAGCUACAUGUUUUGUUGUCUUGGACACCUGAAAUAUAAAUUGUGCAAUAGAACAUGUUCUCCUGGAGUUUAUAAUGAAUAAACAAACAUUCUGAUAGAUCUAUUAUGCAGUUGACAAUUUUGUCAGCAAUACUUUUAUCUAAAAUAGAAAUGUUCACCUUCUUUAAUACGUAAGUGAAUCUCAUAUAAUUCCCUAUGGAAGUGAAUACAAGUAAAUACGAUAUGUGAUUACAGUAAUAACCAGGACAGUAAGGAUUUAAUCUCUCUUCAAUUUCAAAUAAAUGAAAGAAACUUAUUUGUUGUAGUGCGAUUAAAAUGCGAUUAAUAAGUUCUUUUAAUAGGAAAUUUGAAAUACAAAAAGUUCACAGACUUUUUUUACAGUUUAUCUAAAAUGAUGUCAAGCAUAAGAGUUAUCUUUGUAUGAGAUACACUGUAAUUUUGACUAUGAAAAAAGAAAUAGAAUAUUCUCUUUCUUAAUUCUCAACCUCAAAUCAAAUUUGAAAUUGUUAUAAAAAUAUUAAAUAAGAAAUCCAUUAUAUUUUGUGAAGUGUAACUUUUAAAGUUAUAAUCUUAUAUAACUCGCACAAAAUGUCUCAUUCUAUCAUUCAUUCAAAUUAUUUUAAGUCUUUUGUUUACCUUGACAAGUAGAACUGCCAAUAGAUAUAGAAAAUCUGACAAAUAGAAAAUGAACCAGUGAUAUUAGACCAUCCAAUCAGGCGUGCCAUCUCAAAAGUGUUCAUUUUAUAACUAUGGCUGUUCCUUUUCAAAAAGUGUCAUACUUUUCAUAUAUUGAAUUGUUUUUCCAAUGAUUUGAAGAUCGUCUUACAGUUGUUUUGCAUAAUCCUACAUUUUUCAAGGUAUACUAACAAAUGUAAAAAAAAAUCACUUUCACAUUCCAUUGAGUUGUUUUAUGAAGUAAUCAUGGUUUGAUAUGCAGUGUGUUCGGUGAAUGAAAAUCUAUGCUUGGUGCAAAUUCAUUUUAUCAUAUAUUAAAAAUUCUCACACUUUUUUCUGACAUAUUUUCAUUAUUUUGUAUGAUUUCGAUGAAUGAAAGCAUUAUUCAGUUUUAAUUGAUAGGUUUGUAUUGAGUUCGGAGUCAAAUUUCAAAACAUACUCUCCAUGUUGAUGAGGUAAUGAGAACCUGUUACAAAGGUAGGCAUGAUGGCAAAUUCACUUAAACUUUAUUGUGUCCAACAACCAUUAUCUGAGAAAGAAUGUCUCCUGCAGCAGAAAAAUUAAUCGUUACAAACUCUUCAUACAUGCACUUCAAGUCAAGAUUGUGCCUUAUAUGACAAGUAAGCUUGACCAUGUAUUCAGGGCAUGCAUUAAUUACUUAUUGAGAUAGUCCAGAUUUGUUGAGGUAUGCCAAAUAUUUUGCAUACUUGUUCAAAAGUUGUCUUACUAUGUAAGAUUGUUUCUAUUGUAUUAAUGUGUUUUGCAUAGAGACCAUAACAUUUUUCUUGAGUAAAUGAUGACGUUUAGAUUGGUUUUUUUGUAAAGUAGUUAAUUUGUUGUACAAAUGUAUUAUCGUUUAUAUGGUAUAGCAAUCAGUGAUACAAUAUUUGGUGGUAAUAAAUUAUCAAGGUUUGAGAAAAAAUCAUGUUGUCCAAUAUUUGAUUCACAAAAAUUGAUAUAAACAUGAGUACAGGAAAAUGUUGUCUGGAAUAUUUUUUAGGAAAAUAAAAAUCACGAGUCUCUAGCUGAUAUAGGGGAAUUUUGUUGCUGUACAAUUUUGCACAAGUACAAGUUUAAAUUUCACUCAUUUUUUCUAAAAUGAUAAAACUGAAUAAUUUUCAAAUGUAAAAUAUUUGUCAUGAUUAUGAAUGUUAAAAAUUUCGUAACAGCAAGAGACAUAUUUGAGAUUAAUCUUUGGCAAUCAUAUAAUUGAUGUUUUUCUUUUCUAUAAACAUUUCAAAUUGACAAAAAAAUGUCUCGGCACUGCUUUAUAUACCAAAAUAGAAUGUGACAUCACAUAAAAAAUGAUUAGUCGGUCAAAUAACUUUAAAACCCACUAAUUGAUGAUACUUGAGUAUGUUGUGAUUAUAUUCAUUUUCUUUAUAAAAACAGAUGACAAUACCUGAUUAUGUUAGUGGUUCCAGAUGAACUGAAUGAGAUAAACAAAUCUAGCACAUGAAUACCCAAGUUUCAGAGCUACAAUUUUCAUACAAGCAGGUAGUUCAGUUAAAAAGUGUUUGCAAAUGAUUUUUAGAUCCUAAUCAGGAUUAUAAAGAUGUAUAAUGCCAGAAAUUUGCUAUGUAUAUCAAGCAAUUAGUUUAUUGUGAAAAAGCAUUAUUUGGAAAAAGAAUUAUGUAUCACCAUUAUAUCCACCCUUUUUAUAUGGUAGAAUAUAGUUUUUCUAUUCAUGGGGAACACAUGGCAAAGUGCAUUGCCCAAGGCAGCAGGUAUGUGAGUAGUAUCAUAAUUUAUUUAUCAUUUAUUUUUCAUUAUUGAGUAGUUUCCAAUUUAUAUUAAUACUGUAGAUUUUAUCAGAUUCCUAUAUAUUUAUGUUAUUGUUUUGGGUGUUUUACUGGUAGGCUUGGUAGUAUGGAGAUAUGAUGUGGUGUUGACAUGUCAAUUGCAAUGUACAUAGAAGCUGUAUCUAUUUGGAGAAUCAUGUAAAACUUCAUUGCUGUUGGUGCAUGGUUAUGAAUUCUACAUUUCACAGAUGUAUUUAAAACAUUUUAUGCAUCACAAAAAAGUUGUAUCAGAUGAGAAGAUCGACUGUUUAUAAUAUUGAAGUGUUCAGUAUGUUCUGGUCAAAGAAUAUUUUUUAUAUAUGAAGUAACACAUACCCCUCCCCCUCCCCCGAUACUGUUUCAGUACAAAGACUUAAGUCCAAAGUUGACCAAUUUAUUUGUAAACUAUUGUUUAUUGAUGGAGGUCCAGUUAUUUUUGAGUGAAUGAUCUAAUAAGGUAACCUGAUGUAUACAAAUAUAUUAUAAAUGCUGUGACACAAUAUAAAUAACUUACAGAUAAAUGAUUAGUGCUGACCAAUGAUUUUUUUUAUAUAACUCUAUCUGACCACACACCCAAAGACGCCAUUUAUUUAAUUUAUUGUCCAAUGAUAUUGUUAAACUAAUGAGAUAUUAUACAUAUUGUGAUGUUUAUUGGUAGAUUAUGAUUAUUUGAUGAUUAACCCUUUCACCACUAUAGACCAUAAUGGACUUACCCAGAUCAAUGCAUGGUAGAGUUUAUUCAAGUGAGAUUUCCACUUAAAGUGUGAUUUUUUUUUUACAUUAUGUAUACUUUUUAGUCGGAUGAAAUAUUUUCUGGUAUAAUAUCAGUUUCUUGAUUAAUUUCCUCAAUGAGGUGUAAAUAUUUGCAAUAUUUUACAUGUGCCUCUUAUAACAUAUAUAUAUGAAACUAUCUGGGUUGGCUGAUUUGUACUAUCGGUUUGUGAAUGUUGUAAAUACAAUUCAAGUGAUACAGGUGUUGAUGUGGUACUGCUGUAAUUCUCCAACCAAAUGUACAACAAAACAUCUUACUCAUCAAUGUAAUAUUCAGAUAGUUGGCAGUUCAAAUUAAUGAUAGAAUACAAUUUUCUAUUCUAAAAAAAAGGGAAUCUUUUGAUUGCUAAGAAGACCUGUUAAAGAUAUUGAAUUAAAAAAGCAGGAUGUUUGUAUAUUUUAGAAUAAUAUGUAUGUUUGUAGAAACUCUUAAAAACUAAUAGAGGAUUUUUUACUUGUGAUAAAUGGGUGCAAUCUUAGUUGUCAGUUAGUUAUAUAAAAUAAAUAGUAAUUUAUAAAAUUCAGUCAUAAUGUUUUAAGGAGUCGAUUAUUUAAAUAAUUUCCCGUGUUUUACAUAACUCUAUCCGGCACAUUGUAGGUCAAAAAGCAGUAAAUUGUGGAUAAUCCAGUAAGUGACACUACAGGAUCUUACCAUAUUUUAUUAAUAUCUCAUCAAUCAUUUUAAAGCAGACUUCGUAGAAAAUUUGCAUUUGCUAAAACCUUAAUAUGGAGUUAUGGUAAAAAUAUUGUCAUAUUUAUUUCAUUUCCAUUUGGAAGUCAUUGAACCUGAAUGUAUGAGAUGCAUUUAAUGUCACUAUUUAAUGGCACUAAGUGUAGAGUAUAUUAAUCAUGAGCUGAUUUGUUUUUGUUUUGUAAUGUAACAUUUGGGUCAACAUGAGUUGUUAUGACAUGUAAAAUAAACAUUUUUAACUUUU